CUUCCACCUUUUUUUCUUCAUCUAUCAUUACAAUCAUCUUUCUCAGUUACCCUGUCUAAUCUCUCAAGCUACCCCGCCCGACACCUCUAUCUCUCUCUGUUGCAGUGUGUCUCACUCCAAACACCUUUUGUAUCUCUCUCUCAAUCCACUCCUCUUUACGUCCUUAAACCCUUUGUUCUCUUCUAUUCUCUAUCCGCGUUUCACAAAUAAAACACUAUUAACUUUCACAUUUUCUUCAUCUCUCUCUCUCUCUCUCUCUCUCUCUCUUCUAUACCCACUUUUUCUUUUUCCUCUCAAUCUUUGCUAAAUGACAGAAAGGUGGAGAUAAAGGUUCACCGAAUCCUCAACUCACCCAUUUAAAUGCCCUUUACUUAAUCUCUAUAUAUACAUGUUUGCUCAACAAAUUGAGAUUAUAACCUGCUCUUUACUUGCUUUGAAUUGAAUGUUUUUAGUUCUUGGGUUCUGAAAUGGCGGGUGCAGAGACGUCUCACGUCGAUUUAGAAUGUGGUGAUCGCCGCCGCUCCUACGCCGCGAGCGACGGAGGUAGCAGCGAAGACGAAAGCGUCUGUUUUUCCGACGCCGACGAGGGCUCCUGUUACUCUCAGUUCUAUUCAACCCACGAUGGUUCAUGCGACGAUUACAGUUUUGUUUGUGUCGCUGAUCGUGAGAUUGGCGGCGUUUCGGAAUCUCGGAGAGCAUCGUCGGCGGCGGAGUCGGAUUGCUCGGUCGAUGUCGAAAAUGGGGUUCGUGAGGUGAAGGUGCAUUUGGAGAAAGUAGAGAGAGAUUGUAGAAUUUGUCAUCUCACUUUGGAGAGUACUAAUUCUGAGUCUGGGAUUGCUAUUGAAUUGGGUUGUUCUUGCAAGGAUGAUUUGGCUGCUGCACACAAGCAUUGUGCUGAGGCAUGGUUCAAAAUUAGGGGAAAUAAGACCUGUGAAAUUUGUAAUUCAGUUGCACGCAAUGUUUUUGGCACAACUGAGAUUGACUCAUUACAGCAGACACGUGAGGCUAAUGUCACCACAGCACACGCUGUCUCAGUACCAAUAUAUUCGGCUGUAGAGACCCGAAGCUGCUUGAAUGGCCACCGCAUCCUGAAUUUUCUGCUUGCUUGCAUGGUGUUUGCAUUUGUUAUAUCUUGGCUCUUUCACUUCAACAUACCGUCUUGAGAUCCUUCACAAGAGUUCUACUGUAAAGUGGUGUGGAAGGAUAGGGGAGAGAACUGUGAAAGGAUUGAAAAUUUCAUUGACACGAUAAUGAGCAAUGAGGUAGUUUAAAGCCUCCGCCAUUCAUUUAGGUAUUUAUACUGUCCACUGUUCCUCCAUCUGUCUUGGUUAAAUUCAUAUUUGCAUGUUAUAGUAAUUAUCUGAGUGAUACCAGCCUUUUUUAAUUCCUUCUUGUAGAAAUGCUCUCUUGUUGUACUAUAAUAUAAUGAAUGUAUUGAAUUACUGAUAUUGGUUUCUGAUCAUUACAAUUGUUCUCUUGAUUA